GGGACCAAAGGUUACAUUAGGCUGGACAGCAGAUUGCUUCCUAGGGACCAGCGAUCUCUUAACCAAGCUCCCCCAACUUAUGUGGAUGGCAGCCCUGGUAGGCUUUUAACGCAUCCUCUUCUGUCUGACCGGGUUUUAGACAUAGUUAAUUCUUCAUUACGGCGCAGGACCAGG